GUGUGCCGGGGGUCGGCGGCUGGCCCACGGGCGGCUUUGGCGCGGGUGGCCGCGGCGCCCCGAUGCGUGGCUGGACACGUCCCGCCCGGGCAGCCCCGGGGUCCCAAACCGGCCGGUGCCUCGUGCCUCCCUCUGGCGGACGCGUGCGUCCGGAGCGCUGGCGAAGCUGCGGCUCAGGCGAGGAAGCCCCUCUGCGCUUCCCGCUCUUCCGGGCCCGUGUCCGGGUCCCUGACCUCCAGGAGUCGGGUGCUAGGUCAGGUCGCGCCCUGGGAGAACUUAGCCAUCUCGCAGAUUAAGGUGACAGACAGUGCCAGGUGGACCAGCACCAUUCCACCACCCGUCCGUGGAGCUGUGCCAAGAGUAGGGGAACAUGGAGGAGAGGAAGCAGGAGACAACGAACCAAGCUCACGUCCUCUUUGACCGCUUUGUCCAGGCCACCACCUGUAAGGGGACCCUCAGGGCUUUCCAAGAGCUCUGUGACCACCUGGAGCUGAAGCCCAAGGACUACCGGUCCUUCUACCACAAGCUCAAGUCCAAGCUCAACUACUGGAAGGCCAAAGCCCUCUGGGCCAAAUUGGACAAGCGGGGGAGUCACAAAGACUACAAAAAGGGCAAAGCCUGCACCAACACAAAGUGUCUCAUCAUUGGAGCUGGCCCCUGUGGGCUCCGCACAGCCAUCGACUUGUCCUUGUUGGGAGCCAAGGUGGUUGUUAUUGAAAAGCGAGAUGCCUUCUCCCGCAACAAUGUCUUACAUCUCUGGCCCUUCACCAUACAUGAUCUUCGAGGCCUGGGUGCCAAGAAAUUCUAUGGCAAGUUCUGUGCCGGAGCCAUCGACCAUAUCAGUAUCCGUCAGCUCCAGCUAAUCCUCCUGAAGGUAGCCUUGAUCUUGGGCAUUGAGAUCCAUGUCAAUGUGGAAUUCCAAGGACUUGUUCAGCCUCCUGAGGACCAAGAGAAUGAACGGAUAGGAUGGCGAGCAUUGGUGCACCCCAAAACUCAUCCUGUAUCAGAGUAUGAAUUUGAAGUUAUCAUCGGUGGAGAUGGGCGUAGGAACACCUUAGAAGGAUUUCGUCGAAAAGAAUUCCGUGGCAAGCUAGCCAUUGCCAUUACAGCAAAUUUUAUCAACCGCAACACAACCGCAGAGGCCAAAGUGGAGGAGAUCAGCGGCGUGGCUUUUAUAUUCAACCAAAAAUUUUUCCAGGAGCUGAGAGAAGCCACAGGUAUUGACUUAGAGAACAUCGUCUACUACAAAGAUGACACACACUACUUUGUCAUGACGGCCAAAAAGCAGAGUUUGCUGGACAAAGGGGUGAUCCUGCAUGACUACACAGACACGGAGCUGUUGCUUUCCCGGGAGAACGUGGACCAGGAGGCCCUGCUGAACUAUGCCCGGGAGGCCGCAGACUUCUCUACCCAGCAGCAGCUGCCUUCUCUGGAUUUCGCCAUCAAUCACUACGGGCAGCCAGAUGUGGCCAUGUUUGACUUUACCUGCAUGUACGCCUCUGAAAAUGCCGCCUUGGUCCGGGAACAGAACGGACACCAGUUACUAGUAGCUUUGGUGGGAGACAGCCUCCUGGAGCCUUUCUGGCCAAUGGGGACAGGAAUCGCCCGGGGCUUUCUGGCUGCUAUGGACUCUGCCUGGAUGGUACGAAGCUGGUCUCUGGGCACCAGCCCCUUGGAAGUCCUGGCAGAAAGGGAAAGCAUUUAUAGGUUGCUGCCUCAGACCACCCCUGAGAAUGUGAGCAAAAACUUCAGCCAAUAUAGCAUCGACCCUGUCACUAGAUAUCCCAAUAUCAACAUCAACUUCCUCAGGCCAAGCCAGGUGCGCCAUUUAUAUGAUAGCGGAGAAACAAAAGAUAUCCAUCUGGAAAUGGAGAACCUGGUGAAUUCCCGAACCACUCCCAAGCUGACUCGCAAUGAAUCUGUAGCUCGUUCAAGCAAACUGCUGGGGUGGUGCCAAAGGCAGACAGACGGCUAUUCAGGAGUAAAUGUGACAGAUCUCACUAUGUCUUGGAAAAGUGGCCUGGCCCUGUGUGCAAUCAUCCACAGAUACCGCCCCGAUCUAAUAGACUUUGAUUCUUUGGAUGAGCAAAAUGUGGAGAAGAAUAACCAGCUGGCCUUUGACAUCGCUGAGAAGGAACUGGGCAUCUCUCCCAUCAUGACGGGCAAGGAGAUGGCUUCGGUUGGGGAGCCCGACAAGCUGUCCAUGGUGAUGUACCUCACGCAGUUCUACGAGAUGUUCAAGGACUCACUCUCCUCCAGCGACACCCUCGACCUGAAUGCAGAGGAGAAAGCCGUCCUGAUAGCCAGCACCAAAUCCCCCAUCUCCUUCCUGAGCAAGCUCGGACAGACCAUCUCUCGGAAGCGUUCGCCCAAGGAUAAAAAGGAAAAGGAUUCGGAUGGGGCUGGAAAGAGGAGAAAAACCAGUCAGUCAGAGGAGGAGGAGCCUCCCCGGAGCUACAAAGGAGAAAGACCAACGCUGGUGAGCACCCUGACGGACAGACGGAUGGAUGCUGCCAUUGGGAAUCAGAACAAAGUGAAGUACAUGGCGACCCAGCUGCUGGCCAAGUUUGAAGAGAACGCACCUGCUCAGUCCACUGGCGUGAGGAGACAGCCGACACAAGAGCGUGGGGUCAGCCAGCCGUCCUGCUGCCUGCCAGAGCAGGGUCGCCCAGCUCCCAUUCCCCAGUGGAAACAGCGACGGGAAAAGGAGCGCUCUCGGACCUGCCCCAAAAAAGUGAUCACUCUCUCUCCUCCCCCUACUCCACCUUCCUGCCGGGCGCGCAGUGGCCAGCAGAUGUACAGGACUCUUCAUGCUGACAGCCGUGGCAAGCAGAAUCCCCACCACGAGAGGCCAGAGCCUGAGCCUUCACGUCGAUUUUUUGUUGACCAGUGGGAGCUCUCCCUUAGCCUCCGCUCCUCCACCCGCCCUGCCUCUCCCUCCUCUGACUCCCUCCGACAGAAGUAUAUAAAGAUGUACACAGGCGGAGUGAGCUCAUUGGCUGAGCAGAUAGCCAAUCAGCUUCAAAGGAAAGAGCAACCCAAAACCCUUCUAGACAAGAAGGAACUGGGCUCCAUAAAGAAAGAGUUCCCGCAGAACUUGGGGGGCAGCGACACAUGCUAUUUCUGCCAAAAGCGGGUCUACGUGAUGGAGAGGCUGAGCGCCGAGGGCAAGUUCUUCCAUCGCAGCUGCUUCAAGUGUGAGUACUGCGCCACCACCCUGCGCCUGUCAGCCUACGCCUACGACAUCGAGGAUGGCAAAUUCUACUGUAAGCCGCACUAUUGUUACCGACUCUCUGGCUACGCGCAAAGGAAGAGGCCAGCGGUGGCUCCUCUGUCUGGAAAGGAAGCCAAAGGAGCCCUGCAGGAUGGCCCCACUGCAGAUGCAAACGGACUGGCCAGCGUCGCCGCCAGCUCAGCCGACAGAAGUCCAGGCACCAGCAUGAAUGGCCUAGAGGAGCCAAGCAUCGCCAAAAGGCUGAGGGGCACCCCUGAGAGGAUCGAGCUGGAGAACUACCGCCGAUCUGUGAGGCAGGUGGAGGAGCUGGAGGAGGUGCCUGAGGAGACGCAGGCCGAGCACAACCUGAGCAGCGUGUUAGACAAAGGCACCGAAGAGGAUGUGGCCAGCAGCAGUUCUGAGUCGGAGAUGGAGGAGGAGGAAGAGGAAGAUGAGGAAGAUGAUCAUCUCCCCACCUCUGACCUGGGCGGGGUUCCCUGGAAGGAGGCAGUCAGGAUCCACGCCCUUCUGAAGGGGAGGAGUGAAGAGGAGCUGGAAGCCUCCAAGAACUUCGAGCCCGAGGAAGAGGAAGAAGAGGAAUAUGAAGAAGAGGAUGAAGAGUAUGAGGAGGAGGAAGAGGAGGAGUCCAGUGAAGAAGGGGAGUACUGCCCCUGGGACAGAGAACUCCUGCAAGGCCAGUGGCUCCAGCAUCUCUCAAAGGAAGAAGAAAUGGGUACAUGUGAAGCCGGGAACAAGAGGCUGCAGCAGAUCCUAACCGCAGCGGAUCCCUUGACGAUCCAGGCUGAUGUGCACUGGACACACAUCCAUGAGAGAGAGGCAGAGGAGAGGAUACUCCCACCCUCUGAGUCCUCCACUUCUAGAGUGACCGGCCUUCCCUCCGUACGCCGCGCAGCAGUGCAGGCCUGGCUGGAGACUGUCUCCGGAGCUCCUCUAGAUGAGGAUGACCUAGAAGAGGACGCGGACUCCGAGCCAGCAGAGACUGAAGGGGAAGCUGCAGAGGAUGGGGACCCUGGAGACACUGGUGCCGAACUGGAUGAUCAGCACUGGUCUGAUGACGUCCCUUCUGAUGCUGAAGCAGAGCAUCGCUUACAGAGCCAGGCCAAGGUGAAAACAGAGCUGGAGCGGAGUGUGUCGGAAAACGAGGAAGAGAAGCCAUCCGAUAUGCCAAAGCAAGAGGAGAAAGGUCCUUCCCAAGUCUCCAGCCCUAGCUGGCUACCUGAGAAACAAGUUGUUCCCUUCUCCCCAGCCCGAAGCCCUGGGGCCGAGGAGGCCAAACCCCCACUUGCCACCAAGGUAAAGUCCCCCGAGGAGCCACUUUUCCCCGAGCCUCUGCUCCUCAGAGAAAAGCCCAAAGCUGAAGCCCCUGAAGAACAGAAAUCUGUGCUCUCACCCAUCCGGUCGCAGCCUGUGGCCCUGCCGGAAGCCAGGUCACCUACCUCACCCACCAGCUUACAGCCAGAGUCUCUGCUGGCCCCUCCCACUCCUCCCACACCUCCCCCUACCCAGCUCCCCAUCUGUUCCCAACCUCAGCCCUCCUCGGAUGCCUCCAUCCCAUCGCCCACCAAGUCCCCCAUACGCUUCCAGCCAGUUCCAGCCAAAACAUCCACACCCCUCACCCCACUCCCUGUGAAGAGCCAGGGAGACCCCAAAGACAGACUGAGCGGCUCCCUGGCCGGGGAGGAGGCCCUGAAGCGGAGUGAUCUGGUAGAAGAAUUUUGGAUGAAGAGUGCGGAGAUCCGCCGCAGCCUGGGCCUUACUCCCGUGGACCGGAACAAGGGGUCAGAGCCCAGCCUCCCUUCCCCUGCCUUGAAGCCAAUAUCCCUAAAGUCCUACUCAGUUGACAAGUCACCUCAGGAUGAGGGUCUCUGCCUUCUGAAACCUCCGUCGGUUCCUAAAAGGUUGGGCCUGCCAAAGUCAGCCGGUGACCAGCCCCCACUGCUGACCCCAAAGUCGCCCUCCGACAAGGAGCUGAGGAGCAGCCAGGAGGAGCGAAGGGACCUGUCCAGCAGCUCAGGCCUCGGCCUCCAUGGCAGCUCCUCCAACAUGAAGACCUUGGGCAGCCAGAGCUUCAACACCUCAGACUCCACCAUGCUCACGCCACCUUCCAGCCCACCCCCACCCCCACCCCCCAACGAGGAGCCUGCAACCCUUCGAAGGAAACCCCAGCAGACUUUGGAGCGCAGGGAGGCCUCAGUUAUCCCCCCUCCCACCCCUGCCUCAUUCAUGCGGCCCCCACGGGAGCCGGCCCAGCCCCCCAGGGAGGAGGUUCGGAAGUCCUUCGUGGAGAGCGUGGACGAGAUCCCCUUUGCUGACGAUGUGGAGGACACUUACGAUGACAAGACCGAGGACUCCAGUCUGCAGGAGAAGUUCUUCACACCCCCUUCCUGCUGGUCCCGCUCAGAGAAGCUCCAGGCCAAGGAGAAUGGACGACUCCCACCCCUGGAGCACGAGGUGCCACCACAGAAAAGGGGGCUGCCCCUGGUCUCCGCCGAAGCCAAAGAGCUGGCCGAGGAGCGCAUGCGCGCCCGGGAGAAGUCUGUGAAGAGCCAGGUACUGCGAGAUGCCAUGGCCAAACAGCUGAGCCGGAUGCAGGCCAUGGAGAUGGUGACCUCCAGGUCCCGCACGGCAUCAUCGCAGGGCAAGGAAGUAGGGUCGGAGUCCACCAGGCACCCAAGCCUCCGAGGCUCCCAGGAGCCCACCCUGAAGCAUGAAGCUACCAGCGAAGAGAUCCUCUCCCCUCCGUCUGACUCAGGAGGCCCCGAUGGCUCCGUCACCUCAUCUGAGGGCUCCAGUGGAAAGAGCAAAAAGAGGUCGUCGCUCUUCUCUCCCCGCAGAAACAAGAAAGAGAAGAAAACCAAAGGGGAAGUCCGGCCUCCUGAGAAACCCAGCCCAGGCCUCCCAGAAGAUGUGGCAGCCAAGCCCAAGUCCCUGUGGAAAUCUGUCUUCUCUGGGUACAAGAAGGACAAGAAGAAAAAGAGCGAUGAGAAAUCAUGUUCCAGCACGCCGUCCAGUGGUGCCACAGUGGACUCCGGCCAGCGCAGGGCGUCUCCAAUGGUGAGAGCAGAGCUGCAGCUCCGGCGCCAGCUGAGUUUCUCAGAGGACUCAGACCUGUCCAGCGAUGACAUCCUUGAGAGGUCUUCCCAGAAGUCCAAGCGAGAGUCGAUUUAUGUACCACACGCCUUGGCAUUCAGGAGAGCCUGUUCAUCAAAGCCCAGAACCUACACAGAGGAGGAGCUGAGUGCCAAGCUGACGAGGCGUGUGCAGAAGGCAGCUCGGAGACAGGCUAAGCAGGAGGAACUGAAGCGGCUGCAUCGAGCCCAGAUCAUCCAGCGACAACUGGAGCAAGUUGAGGAGAAGCAGAGGCAGCUGGAGGAGCGGGGUGUUGCAGUAGAGAAGGCUCUGCGAGGCGAAGCAGUUGAGCCCAGUGGCGGGACUCCACGGCGUAGACCUCUCUCCUUCUGCCCUUGCUGUGUCCAGGAAGGCAUGGGCAAAAAGGAUGACCCCAAGCUGAUGCAGGAGUGGUUCAAGCUGGUACAGGAGAAAAACGCCAUGGUGCGCUACGAGUCAGAACUGAUGAUUUUUGCCCGGGAGCUGGAGCUGGAAGACCGGCAGAGCCGGCUGCAGCAGGAGCUGAGGGAGCGGAUGGCCGUGGAAGAUCACCUGAAGACCGAGGGGGAGCUUUCAGAGGAGAAGAAGAUCCUGAACGAGAUGCUGGAGGUGGUGGAGCAGAGAGACUCGCUGGUGGCCCUGCUGGAGGAGCAGCGACUGCGGGAGAAAGAGGAGGACAAGGACCUGGAGGCCGCCAUGCUAUGCAAGGGCUUCAGCCUGGACUGGUCCUGAGCCUGCCUGCCAUUGCGUCUGGUAGACUGGCACCCACCUGACCCAGCUGUGUUCUCCCAAACCACUGGAUCCAGGUUCAGAAGAGGCCUGGCAUCCCUGGAGAAGCCGUGCUCAGACACCAUGCUGUGGGAAAACCCCAGGUGAGGGUUAUCAUCUGAGGUGACUCCACCUCUGAGGAGAGGCGCCCCCACCCCCAGACUUCCCACUCAGGAGGGAGGAGAUGGGUGUGUUUGAUGUGUGCCCCAGGGAGAAAACGCCUUCAGGUCCCUGAGGGCUUGCUGCCCGGCACCUCUUUCAAGUGGCUCCUCUUCAGAGCCACUGCCACCACCGAGCACCUGCAGAGCAGAGCAGCCAUUGCCCUCAUGCUCCCUGAAGCACCACCAAAGAAAGUACAGAGGCUGAGGAUGGAGAUCCAGCAGGGAGCAGCCCCGCGCAGGGGCGCAGGGGUGAUGCUCACCCUGCCGGGGCAGGGGAAGUAGGCAGGUUCAUUAUGCAAGUCAGGAGGGCGCAGGAGGGGCCUGCCCCACCACACACUGGAUCCCCAGUGGCCAAGUCUCACAUGGACAGUGGCCUGAAGCCCGUGGAUUGCUGUGUUUUGCUUUUAGUUUUCACAACCGUUUUGACACUGGAAAGUAUUGACUUUGGGAGAGCUGAAGGAAGCCCUACCUGUCAGCCCCUCCCCCACCCCGCUCCUGUUGACAGAGAGGCGCAGUCCCUGGUCAGCACCCACAUCUGUACAGGAGAUGGCUCGCUCUCCUUGGUGUUUUCCUGUGUUUGCACAUUGAAACGAGACUGACAACCUGGCCAGAUACUCAGCCACUUCGGACCCUUUUUUUUUUUUUUUUUUUUUUUUCAAUUAACUUAUUUUUUUAAUACUUGAAAGUAAGCAAUGUCCUUUUUUAAAAACCUUUACUAAGAGACACUGCCUGUCACCUGCGCGUGGGAGUGACAAGGAGGUCUUUGUACAUCCCAUGCAACCUGAUGCAAAACUGACCUGUUUCUUGUUACACGCAUCUAUUUAUUAGCCUUCUUAAUGGUGUUACUGGCCUGCUUGGCACCAAAGCAGCCCAGGGCCCUGUGGGUCCUUGUUCACAGCUUUGCCAUCCCCUCCUUCACCCAGCACCCUGUUUCUGUGGCCACUGGACUUUUCCAGUAGAGUAGCCUCUCUGUCUGUGCAGAUGCACUUGAGCGCCAGGAGGCCAGGCCUGGAGACAGGUUGUUCUGGUCUUUUGGGGAUCUUGGCUCGGUGGAACCCACUUUGUCCAAUUUUGCUGCCAAGGUUUUACCUCCUGUACCUAUGUUAAAGGUUGAGGCUAGCCCCUCUUCACACUGGCUGGGACCAAGUAGAGUACGACCUUGUCCUUGGGCUGGCUGGUGGAAAUGCUCAGCCCCAGCUCGACAGGAACAUGUGUACUGGUCUCACCUCAGCAUACCGGCCACUCCAACCUUCUCUGCCUGUAUCAGGAUUUUCUUGGCCUGGCAGGAGCCAGUAAGCACCAUGUAACUAGAUCCAUAAGCCAAGCUGUUUGUUUCUCGUGGUUCAACCAGAGACCGGCGGUUGGGGCCAGGGUGCUUCUCUUUCAAAACAGCAGCCGCACAUGGACCAGUCCAUUGGUGCCCACACCAAUCUGGAAAGGGCACGCCAGCUGGGCCUGUGGGAGGGGCCAGUGCAGACAACAGCCAAGGGUCCACACUGACCCUGGACUUCCCAUGGGAACCACACUGUGCCUCAACAUGAGCAUCCAUCCACCCAGCCCCAGAGCAGCAAACAGCUCUCUUACUCUUCACCUUGCGCAGAAGCCGCCAUCUCUCCUGUGGACAUCCAGAUGUGCUGCUAGCAACCGCCACAGCUCUGAUGUCAUCACUUCCUGGACUCUGAUAUGGCGGUAUCACUAUUUUUAUUCCGUCAGAGGAGGAUGUUCUGGAUUCCAUUUUCAACCACAAUCUGCCAAUCAAACUGGACUUUGGACAGGACCUUCAUUGCCUGUGUGCCCUUCUCCUUGACCCUGUCCUCCUCCGCAGUGCCACCGGCAGCAUUACCAUGCAGCUCAGCCCUGUCAUUCCUGCUCACCCAGAACAAGGAAACCAUUUCCCGAGCGACUCAAGAAGGAUGCAGGGGCACGCUGCAUCUCUAGUGGCCUCUCAGAGCAGAAGCACCAGAUGUUCCCUUCCACCUCUGUCCUGGUCAGCCAUGAUGUGUUGAUCUCUCCAAAGCACACACUGCUUCCAGUGAAAAGUGGGCAGAACCCUUUGCAGGAGGGCCUCAGAAAUCCACCAGCCUUGGGAGACGUCCCCCAGUUCUCCAGUCGUGACAGCACGGGGACUUCAGGAUCCCACAGAGCACUUUUUUUUUUUAGGCUCCCAGUUUGUAACCACUAGUUUGCAGUUGAUUUCAGUGGCCCGGGAACGAGACACGAAGUGUUCUCCGCCUCUGGAAAUGCAUACAGCUCUGGUCAUGCAUUCUUCCCGGGAGUUAUGUCUUCACUUGAAGGCAGGGAAGAGGGGGAUGUAUACAUACAGUUCAUACACACAUGCAGUGCUAGAGUGCUUUUGAGUAAACCCAAACUCAAGGCUAAGGACAGUACAUGAAGCUCUAGCCUCGGUCCCUGGAACGCAAGCAGAAGGCAGCCCAUGGCUCCCAAGUAAGUAAGAGCAUGUGGCCAACCCAGGUUCUGACCCUGCUCAGUUGAUAUUUUUGCCCUCAACAGCCAUCCUUAAGGUAAUUUUGACCAGCAGAUGUAGACUUUAAAAA